GGGAAUCCCCUCAUUGCCCGGAUGGAGAAGCCAUCUUGUGUGAAGGAAACACUUCCUGGAAGGAUACGUUGUGUAGCCAGUGCUUGUUGUACGGCAAAAUAUGACUGAACAACAGAUUGAUUGUGCCUUGGAUUUGAUGAGGAGGUUACCUCCUCAACAAAUUGAAAAGAAUUUAUGUGAUCUUAUUGAUCUGGUGCCCUCUCUUUGUGAGGAUUUACUUUCAUCAGUGGACCAGCCUUUGAAGAUUGUGCGAGACAAACUUGUGGGCAAGGAUUACUUACUUUGUGAUUACAACAGAGAUGGUGAUUCAUACAGGUCACCAUGGAGCAACAGUUAUGACCCCCCAUUGGAAGAUGGAACAAUGCCGUCGGAAUCACUACGCAAGCUCGAGAUUGAAGCAAAUAAUGCAUUUGACCAGUACCGGGAGAUGUAUUUCGAGGGCGGCGUGUCCAGCGUCUACCUGUGGGACCUCAGCCAUGGCUUUGCUGGUGUGAUACUCAUCAAGAAAGCUGGGGAUGGCUCUCAAAAGAUCAAAGGUUGCUGGGAUUCCAUUCAUGUCAUUGAAGUUCAGGAAAAGUCCAGCGGAAAGAAUGCUCACUACAAGCUGACCUCGACGGUGAUGUUGUGGCUUCAAACAAACAAAGAAGGUUCAGGGACCAUGAAUUUGGGAGGCAGCUUAACGAGACAGGUUGAAAGUGAUGCUGCUGUCAAUGACAAUUCACCACAUAUAGUUAACAUCGGAAAGAUGGUGGAAGAAAUGGAGAACAAAAUUCGAAGCACCCUCAACAGCAUCUAUUUUGGCAAGACCAAAGACAUUGUGAACCGACUCCGUUCCCACGAGCCUUUGCAAGACUCCAAGCAACAGGCGGCGUUCAAGAAAGACUUGUUCCAGGCGCUCUCCCAGCGGACUCAGGCUCAGUGAUGCUGCGUGCCUCUUUAUUGCACAGGGGAAGAGAAUGACGUGUUGUUGUCCUGUGUGAGUGUUAGCUUUGAGUUGAAUGAAGUUUUUGCCGUUGUUUGAAUUUGUUGGCUACUACUGUCUGUGUUCAGAGCUGCUGGCUGCAGAUGUAUGGAGAUUCGUUUCUGAGGAUGUUUGGUAAUUCUGAUGAUGCCUCGAACCACUGUUAAGUGUUGUAACAAUCUCGAAAAAAAACUAGUUCUCCAAUACUGGUCAUUAACCCGUACUAGAAAACAUCAAAGACUGCAUUUACUCUCAUGCAAAUGUAGCUCUGUCUCGCAGACUUUUUGGAAAGCAUUUUGGUCGAACAAUUUUCUAAUGUGUCUCAUCAUAAUAUGUAUUGUACUGUUCAUGUUAUCACAAGUGUGGUGAUGAAAUAAAAAAUUUCUCUGUCUCUUUCUCAGGUUAGAGUUGUCAAACACUUCUUUUAAUCUGCUUAUUAAAAAGUAGUGGGAACACUGCACAAACACAGAACAAGCGUAAUGACAUCACAUGUGGCAUUGACAAAGUAUGUUUAAUUCGUGGGUUUUCAUGGAGAGGAAUUGUGAUGUAGUUGUAGCUAGCUCCAGGUCACAUCAACUGCACAUGACUAUCCCAUGUUGGGCAAUGAGUUUUCUUCCUUCAAGAGAUUCCAUAACAUAAUCUUCAUCCUACCAACUAAAUUCUUCUAGGUAUUUUCUAUAAAAAUGUCUGUUUGGCAUGCAUGUUUCAUGUCAGUGUGAGCUGGUGUGUGUGUGUGUGUGUGUGUACAUUAUACUGUACAGAUGACUGAGUUACUUUAUAAGUUAAUGUGAUGUUAUGAAAGCCACAAAGAGAGUGAACAACUUGCCAGUGCGAGUGGACAGGAGGAUCACAUAUCUGAUCCUGCAGUGUUUUUCUGCAGUGAAAGUCCUCUUUUUUUUUUCUAUUUUGUCCCUGAAGAAGCCAGCGGGCUACUCUCUUUGAUGAAAAGUCACUAUGUUUCCUUAAUGCAGUUUCAGGCUUGUAUUGUCAUGUUUUUUCCAUAUAUUAUUACAAUAAAAUUGUUUGUUUUUUAAAGAGCCUGCGAUUUCAUGUUUGUAAAGUAUGCAAUUGACCAGCUUUCUAAAUUUUUUUCAAAAGAUGUUCUCAGUUUGGUUAUAGUCUUCUAAAUUGUUUAGCAAGGACAAAUUAAAUGCAUUUUUCUUUUUGUGCAGAUUACAACGCUGCAUAUUGGUUUUGUGAUUAGUGGUUUUUACACUUCUAAUAUCACAUUGAAAUUGAAGAUAUCAUAUAAAUGUUGUUUCUUUUUUAAAAUAAGAACUUUCAAUGUGACCUUAAGUGUAGUACUUCUCGUACUUCUCUUGGUUGAUGUUAGCUUGGUCUGGGGUUGAAAGUAAUACCCACAAUAUGUCCUGCACUAUUUGUUUUUAUUUAUUUUGCUCGGUUCAUUUCGUUUGUUCUUUUCCAUGAUCGUAUGAAGGUGCAAUGAGAGAAGUAGACUAUUAUUGUUAAUUUAUUGGGAACAUUUUUUUUUUUCGGUUUCUUUUCUUGUGCAGGUGUUCAUGUCAUUUGUAACUGUCAUCAUUUGAUUUAUACCCCAAUUUUUGUUUUGUUUUGGGUUUUUUAAAGUCUCAGUGAUUUGUUUUUCUGAUUGUUAUCCACUAUUGUUUCCCCAAACCUUUAUCAAGAAUGGUGCAGAAGACCACUCUGCUUCUGGUGGAGGAUCAGCAAUCUUUCCUCCCUUUUCAAACCCUUUCUGCAAAAUUUGUUCUUUCAAAAUUCUUUUUGCAAUGUGGAAUUGAUAAGAAAAAAUAUAAUAUUUUAUAAUAUAAUAAUUUAGCUUUGUUAAAUUUUUUUUUUCUUGCCUUCAUUAUCACUUUGCUUGAAAGUAUGUAAAUCAUGAAAAUAAAUUUGCUGCUGAGCAAGGUAUCAAACCC